UUUUGUCGACGUUUCUCAGAAGCGGGUGGCGUUCUCGCGAGAGCUGAGCUCUCACCAGCACCGGCGGAAGUAGAAUCGACCUCUCUUUCCGGGCGGCCAUAGCCGAGGCAGCAGCGGUCAAAAUGAAGUUCAAUCCGUUUGUGACCUCAGACCGCAGCAAGAACCGCAAACGGCACUUCAAUGCGCCAUCUCACAUUCGCAGGAAGAUCAUGUCUUCUCCCCUUUCCAAGGAAUUGAGGCAGAAAUACAAUGUCCGUUCUAUGCCCAUCCGAAAGGAUGACGAAGUCCAAGUCGUCCGGGGUCAUUACAAAGGGCAGCAGAUCGGCAAGGUAGUCCAGGUAUACAGAAAGAAGUAUGUCAUCUACAUUGAACGCGUACAGCGUGAAAAAGCCAAUGGCACAACUGUACACGUCGGCAUUCACCCUAGCAAGGUGGUGAUUACAAAACUAAAGCUGGACAAGGAUCGUAAGAAAAUCUUGGAACGUAAAGCAAAGUCUCGCCAAGUUGGCAAAGAGAAAGGAAAGUACAAGGAGGAAACAAUAGAGAAAAUGCAAGAGUAAAAUGGACUCUUUUGUGAAACCCAUUAAAGUUUCAAUAAAAUCUAA